AUGGUACCCCGACCGGAUCUAAGAGCGCGCCAAACCGUCCUUCCUAAGGAUCGAACCCUACGAUUCAGAGAAGAUGGAACGUUUCACAUUGGAGUAUUUGAGGACUUACAUUUCGCCGAGGACGAUAAAAAAGACAAGAAGUCCAAAGAAGUGAUGUCAUAUAUACUCUCGAAGGAGGACAUUGACUUCAUAGUCAUAAACGGUGACCUAGUGACCGGCGAAAGAACCCAAAAAGCAGACUCGAGCAAAUAUAUCGAUUCGGUCGUUUCCCCACUCGUUGAUAAGGGGUAUAGGUGGGCAUCAACCUACGGCAACCACGACAGCGCCGUUAAUCUCAACCCGAAAGAUGACAUGUUCAACGCCGAGCAGAAGUACCCCAACAGCUUGACGCAGAGUAGCAUAUCCGGCGACAAGGCCGGAAUAACGAAUUAUUACCUGCCAGUCUUUUCACAUGGACAGACGAAUACAAGCACACCGGCGCUACUACUGUGGUUCUUCGAUUCGAAGGGUGGACGUUAUUAUAAAAAGCAAGGAGAGAGUGGACCUCCAAUUAAGAGACCCAGCUGGAUUGAUGAAUCGGUUGUUGACUGGUUCACUAAAACCAAUUCCGAAUUGAAAAAAGAACAUGGCAAGAUCAUUCCCUCGCUAGCUUUCUACCAUAUACCGACUCAUGCGAUGCUCGAACACCAACAAAAACAAGGUGUAAAUCCACAUCUUAGUCCCGGUGUGGAUCGUGAACGGGUGAACCCGCAAGGAACUAGCGGUUGGGACUAUGACGGCCAGGACGUCAAAUUUAUGAAUGCGCUCCUUCAUACCGAAGGCUUAAUCGCAGGGUUCAGCGGCCACGAUCAUCAAAAUGACUGGUGCUUUAAAUGGGACGGCUCUCUCGUUGACCACGAUUUAACCGGCAAUGGUAUCAAUAUGUGUUAUGGUCGACAUACAGGAUAUGGUGGAUAUGGCGAUCUGCUCCGUGGUGGACGUCAAAUAUUACUCCACGAGCGCAAUCUCGCAAACAACACUGAGACGUGGAUUCGAUUAGAAAAUGGGUCCGCCCAGUCUCGUGUGACGUUAAACACAACUUAUGGCCAUGAUCAUUACCUCGCUGUUACUAAUAGUGCUGGGAAGCCAGAUUCCUCUGCGCAGGGCUCUUUGCUUCCUUUCUCUUGGUUUUAUGAUCACGCUGAGAUUUUCUACAUGAGGAUAGGGACCUAA